UAUAAAUGUCCCAUUUGGAAGACAAUAACCUUAAUGAUCCUACUUCUGAUGAAGCCGAGAUCGAGAACAAAUUUGAGAAAGCAGAUGAGCUUUUAGUUAUUAAGAAAAAUUAUCAAGAUGCGAUGAAGCUAUAUGAUGAGAUUUUGAACAAAGAUCCUGAUAAUAUUGAUGCUCUUAGUAGUAAAGCUCAAUGUUUGCAAAAGAUUGAUCCCAAUGCGUUUCCGAAAGCCUUGAAACUCUAUGAAAAAGCAUUACAGUUAGAUGAUAAGGACUUUGAGACAAACUUUAACAUCGGAAUUCUAUACUAUCAAAGAAAGGACAGUGAAGACAUGGAUAAAGCCCUGCAAUACCUCAAGAAAGCUAAUGAGCUUGAUUCCUCAAAUAAAAUUGUACUCUAUGACAUUGCUGUCAUCCAUGAAGAGAAAAAGGAGUACCCACAAGCUGAAGACUAUUACAGGAAACUACUCAAGAUUGAAAGCAAAAAUGCUAGAGUGUUAGUAAAUUUGGGGGUCUGAUUGGAUAAAAUGAAGAAGUACACUGAUGCUCAAAGUAUCUACGAAGAAGCAAUAAAAGCUAAUGAUGAAGACCCUAAGGUUUAUAACAACCUUGCUGUUAAUUUGAAGAAGCAAGGGAAGCUCAAUGAAUCCUUAGAUUGAUACAAAUAAAGCUCUUGAAUUAAACCCUGAAAAUCCAAAUUAUCUCUAUAACUGUGGGCUAUUACACUCUGCUCGUGAUGAACUAGACGAUGCCCAGAUACUUCUAGAAGACUCUAUAAAAUAUAACGACAGAUACCCAUUCUCUUAUCUCGCUUUAGGGGAUGUUUUUGAGAAAAAGGAUAUGCCUGAAGAAGCUAUAGAUACCUACAAAUAGGCUACAAGAGAUCAAACCUGAUUUCAAAGACUUGGAUAAGAAAAUCGCAUACCUUGAGUCCAUCCUUAACCUCAAGAAGGAGAGAGAAGCUAAAGAAGAACAACAACGAGAGCUUGAGAAAGAGAAGGAAGAAAAGCGCAAACUCAAAGAAGAGCAAGAGCAAAAAGAGAAAGAACUAAAAGAGCAAAAAGAAAAGGAAAGACUCCUUGAAGAACAAAAACAGAAUGAAGAUCAAAAGAAAAAGGAAGAUGAAUUAAAACAAAAAGAACUGGAAAAACAGAAAGAAAAGAAAAAGCAAGAAGAGAAAAAGAAACAACAAGAAGCCAAAGUCCCAAUUGGAAAGAAGAAAGAUGAAGAAAUGAAAGAAGAUAUACAAAAAGAGACUAAAAAGGAGACCACAAAAUCUAACAAAGAGGGAAAGAAAGUAGAAAGUAAGAACAAGGCUAAAAAUGAUAAAGAGCAAGAGAGUAAAAAGAAGAAUGAAAAAUCAAAAGAAGAAACCAAAAAGCCUUCAGCUGUUGCUCAAGUAAAAGGAUCCCCGAAAAAGCAGAAGAUUGAUGAUAAAAAGACUAAAGAGAAUAGUAAAAAGAUCAAAGAAACUCCAAAGAAAGCAAAAGAACCAUCAAAGAAAGUAAAAGAAACUCCUGCCAAGCCUAAAGAAGAGUCAAACAAACUGAGAGAAUCUACAAAGAAAGAGUCUAAAUCCUCUAAAAUCGAAAAAUCAGAGCCUCAACCAGAGCCCUCCCAUAAAGAGCCUGGCAAAAACACCUCUGCAAAAAUAGUUGCUGACUCGUCGGAAAAGAAAAAGCCAAUCGAAGAGACUAAGCAAUCUGAAAAGUCUAAUGAGCCUACUAAGACCUCUAAAAAUGUAGAUGCUCAACCUAAAGAAUCCAAGAAAACCAAAGAAGAGAAACCAAAGGCUGUCAAAGAAGAAGAUACUAAAAAGAGUGACAGCAAGAAAAAGAUAGCUCCAGUAGAGACAGAUACUAAAGUUGUCAAAAAGAAAGAGCCUAAAGAAGAAACGAAGAAGGCAAAGGAAGAUCCUAAAGAAGUCAAGAAAAAGGUAAAAGAACAACCAAAAGAAACUCCUAAGCCAGCUAAAGAAAAGGCUGAGCCUAAAGAAGAGAAUGUGACAGUAGUAGUUGCUCCUAAAGUCGAAAAAGAGCCCAAAGCUAUUAAGAAGGAAAUAAUUUCAGAUAAAAAUGCACCAAAAGAGGUAAAGAAAACUUCAAAAGAGUCUAAGCAAAAACAAUCAGAGACUAAGCUAAAGGAAGAAGAGCCUAAAAAGACUAAGAAAGAAUCUAAAACAAAGGUUAUGGAAGAAGAAAAGAAAGAGAAACUCAAAGAAGAGAAGAAGGGUAAAUCUAAGGAAGUGAAACAGACUAAGCCUGAACAAGAAAAACAGAAGCCUAAAAUAGUAACAAAUGAGACCAAGAAGGGCAAGACAGAUUUUAAUAAAGUGUUAGCCUCGAAUGUGAAGAACUCCAAAGAGGAAGGAAAGAAGAUGGAAGAAGUUAAAAUCAUUGACGUUAAAAGACAAGCUGCUAAUAAAACUGCUGGCUCAGCUUAUACAAGUGAGAGUGGGUUCAAAUCCAAAGGGAAUUCUCUAGAAGUUGAUGAAGACCAAGAUGAAGAUCGUUUCACCCACCAAGAAAAUGAAGCAGAUGAGCAAGAAUAUGCUGGAAAUGAUGACGAAUCUCUGAGUGAUAUCAAAAGACUCAGAAAAGCAGAUACUAAGCAAGAGUACAUGUUUUGGGAUAGAGAUAGAUGAGAAGAAGAACUCUCAGAAGACCCUGAAAAUAUUCAAGCUCUCUUCAAACUUGGGCUAAUCUCAAUGGAAGAAGACAAGAUUAUAGAAGCGAGAGAAUACUUCAAAGAUAAAUGUCUCAAAAUUAACCAUAAUUUCAGGAAUGGAGAAAUUUAUGAAAGAAUCGGAGACACACAUUUGAUGGAAAAUCAACUAGAAGUCUCUGUUCCUCUCAGUUAUUACAAACAAGCAGCUAAAAUUGAUAGCAAGAAUUACAUGUUUGCCUGCAAGCAAGGCAAAUGUUAUGAAAAGCUUCGAAACUUCGAUGAGGCAAUUGACUGAUAUAAAUUAUCAGCAAAAUUAAGCAAGAACAAAGUUUCUCUUCCUUUGCUGAAGCUUGGAUGGGUCUUCGUCAGAACAAAACAAUACGAAGAAGGUGUAGAAACUUUGAAAAUAGCAAUUCAGAUCGAACCAGAGAAUUCUGAAGUUCUGACAAAGAUUGGAGAGGUUCUACUUCGAGAUGACACGAAACUAGAUGAAGCUGAAGGUUUUUUGAAAAAGGCUCUUGCUUUGAAUCCUGAGCAAAAUGAUGCUAUCGUGGCUCUUGGAAGAAUCUGAGAAAAGAGAGGUGAAAAUGAGAAUGCAAUGCAAAUGUAUGAGAAAGCUCUCAAAUUCCCCGGGAAUCAUGUUCAUACAUACUUUUAUCUUGGAGUCUUGAAUGAAAAGUUACAAAGAUAUAAAAAGGCUAUCAAUCAUUUCAAGAAUUGUCUGAAUCUAGACAAUGCUCAUUUCUACUCCACAAUGCAUCUGGCAACAUUACUUUUGAAUGCUGGAGAAGUUCAAAGAGCGAAGAAGUACUACAAGCAUGCGCUAAAAAUUGAUCCAGAAAGCAUAGAUGCCCAUUUCUCUCUAGGAAGACUUAUCCAGAACAGUCACGAAGACUCAGAAGAUGCUCUUGAAUAUUACAACUAUGUGCUUGAAAAAGACCCAAAUCAUUAUAAAGUAAUGUGUCAGCUAGGAAUUCUCUAUUGUGAAAAGAAUGAUGCGAAGCGAGCAAUUCAAUAUUUAAAGGAUUGAUUACAAAUUCGUCCAAAAUAUGUUCCUGCCAUCGUAUCUCUUGGAAAUUUAUUGUUUGAAAAUGGAUACCCAGCCAAAGCAGCUGAUUAUCAUUAUAAAGCAUUGAAACUCAAUGCAUAUGAUAUUCAAGCUUUGAUUGGAAUGGGUAAUGCUCUCUAUGAAAUGAAGAAACCUAUAGAAGCUAUUGACUACUACAAUAAAGUUCUUGAAAUUGAUGACAGAGUUGCUGAUGUUCAUUACAAUUUAGGAAAUUCUUAUUACAUAAUUGAGAAUGUUGAUGGGGCAAUAAAGCAUUAUGAGAAAGCAAUUGGGUUGAAUCCUAACAAGCCAGAGAGUUUUUAUAAUCUUGGAAAUGCACUCUGAAUGAAGCAAAAAUAUGAAAAAGCAAUCAUAUAUUACAAAAAGGCGAUAAAACUUGAUGAUAACAAUGCUCCUGCCUAUUAUAAUUUGGGUAAUGCUUACUUCAUGAUGAGUGAAUUCAGAUAUGCAUUAGAAAACUAUAACAAAGCACUCCAAUUAAAUCCUGAAAGUGCUGAAUGCCAUUACAAUAUUGCUUCUGCUUACCUUGAUAAUGGAGACACUGAAAAGAGCCUCUAUCACUUCAAGAAAAGUUUAGAGAAUGACCCAAAUAAUCCAGAAAUUCAUCUCAAUAUUGCAAAUCUCCUUGAACAAAAAGGAGAGAAAUCUGAUGCUUAUGAGUCAUUCAAGCAAGCCCUCAAUCUAAAUGACAACAGUGCUAAAGCACUUGAAGGCCUAAAGAGGCUGUCAGAUUUUGAAGAAGAGAAAAUAUCUAGGUAAAGCCAUGACUAAUCUUGACAAAAUCA